AUGUUGUUCAGUGCUUUGACGCAAUGUAUUUUGUUUAAAGCGCUAUAUAAAUAAAGGUGACUAGACUUGACUUGACCACUGGGAGGCAAAUCUCAUUGAUCACUGUGAAUGGUAUGUUCUUGAAGUCCCACUUUUUGUGUCUGUGAAACAUCCUUAGUCUAAUGUGUUUUUAUUUUGACAGGACGAUAUGAGGUGUCUUUACCUCGAAAGGUCUGUCCAAAGUGCAAGACUGAAUGGACUCCAGGGGUUAAAGACCUUAUGCAAUACAAUUAUUGGCCAAGCACCACAAACUGCCAAACAUUGUAUGCAUUUGAUGUGUUUGAGGCUUUCUCUAACAUGAAGCUGUCAGCUCCCUCGCUUUCAAGACUUGCUUUUUUUAAAGCUGUUGGAGCACCAGUCUGUUCAAGGAGGAAGGAUAGGGAAAAUCGGUGUGGAUACAUUUCAAAAGAGCUAUUUUGAAUAUUGCCUAUGCAAACAUUCAGAGGACAUGAUGUCAGAAGUUGACUCUUUUUGCUGUCCAGCCUGUCAACCUGACAUGUUGGCAGUGUGUUGCGAUGGCAACCGAAAACAUUACCGCUUCCGAAAAUCAAGAGGAACUGAGCUUGUUUAUAGCCAAAGAUGACAAAGUUCUGAGCUUUCUGGAGAAAAACAGAGGAAGCAGCGGGGCAAGAACACGUGGUAUUGUGUGCCCUGAAUCACUACCAUGGAGAAAUCUUUGCAUAUCCAGUUCAAAAGGACAUGGCAGAGAGAGCAAAUGUUACCUUCUUCGCAAUGGAUGUUAUCUGCAAGUAGGCUACUGGCCCUACCUAAGCAAGGUGGCUGAUAAUUUCACCGAUAUGCAGCCGUUGAUGGAAAUGAGACCAUUUCUGAGUGUCGUGCAUGCCAAAGCACACACAGCAAAAUGCGAGGAGACUUCACUGAUACAUGUGAGAGUUAAGCAGAGUGUGGAGGAUAAAGUACAUCAGGAUAUCACAGCACAGCAAUGGGUGUGUGAUGUUCAACAGUGGGCAGUAACAGAGCCAGGGAGCACAACACAACAGGGAGCAACCAAGGAUCUCAGGGCUGAGAUAGAAAGUAUCAUAGUGGCCCUGCUACGCAAGAAACAGGACCUCUAUCGUCAGCAUGAUAGCAACCAGACCAGACAAAGAAAGAGAAGAAAAAUAAGAGUAUUAAAAACAAACUAAGACAAAACAUCCGGCUCUACAAUGCUACUGCAGAGGAUCCGAUUGAUGAGGAAUUGGUGUCCAAUUUGACAGAGAAGUGAGGAUGGUAUGGUAGCCUAUCUUAACAUGUUCUCUAAAAUGUAUGCCUAUAUGCCUAUGGUAUAGCAAUGAAAAACACCAAACUAUGUUUGGGUUUGUAACUUAAUCCU